AUGAGUUAUCACUUUCGAAGAAUCCAUUGGAGCAACUGCACAUGACUGAAAACUGAUCAGGCAGAGAGGGAUAUGUCACGAUCAUCAUGCGAAUCGCUUAACAAUGUGCUCAAUGAGAAUGGCGAAACGAGUUAUGGUGGAACUAUGGACAGCAGAACCAAGAAGAACCUUAUCAAUGAUUUGGGCAAUGAAAACAAACCCGAGGGACGUGUUCUCGUGCUUUUCACAGGUGGCACAAUAGGAAUGAUGAGAAAUGAACAAGGAGCACUGGUACCGAUAGCUAACGCGUUUGUCAAAAAUCUACGAAAGUAUCCACAGUUACAUGAUCGCGAGUAUGCUGAGAAAAGGUUUGGCGCGAUGGGACCGCUAGUGCUGCCUGUGACUGCAACUGACAAUCGCCGGAUUAUUUAUAGUGUACUAGAAUACUCAAAUCUCUGUGACUCCUGUAACAUGACUAUGGAUGAGUGGAUUCGCAUUGCAAACGAUAUCAAAGAAUCCUAUGAAUACUUCGACGGAUUUGUGAUUCUUCACGGUACCGACACUCUGAGUUACACUGCGUCCGCUUUGUCCUUUAUGCUGGAAGCUCUGGGCAAAGUCGUCAUUCUCACCGGUUCGCAAGUGCCGAUUUUUGAUACAAGGAGCGACGGUCUAGACAAUUUUUUGGCGUCUCUUGUAAUAGCGGGCAAUUACAACAUACCUGAGGUAUGCGUGUUUUUCGGUACGAAUUUAAUGCGCGGCAAUCGAACGAGCAAGAUGUCCGCAACUUCCUUCGAAGCCUUCCAUUCAUCCAACUUUCCACCUUUGGCCACGGCAAACAUCAAGAUUGAAGUCGACUAUCGCUCAAUUUUCCGGCCGUGCACUUUGGAGAAGUUCUACGUACAUGCAUCCCUCAACCGAAACGUAGGUCUUCUCCGGCUGUUUCCCAGCAUCACGUCCGAUCUGGUGAAAGUGUUUCUUCAGUCACCUAUCGAGGGCGUCGUACUGCAGUCUUAUGGCACGGGGAAUAUUCCUACAAAUCGUGAAGAUAUUAUCGAAGAAUUUCGUGCGGCGGCAAAGCGCGGUGUGAUAAUUGUAAAUAUCACGCAAUGCGCAAACGGAUGUGUAUCGGAUGCAUACGAAGCUGGAAAACUGCUCCAAAAUGCUGGAGUGAUAUCGGGUUUCGACAUGACUCCGGAGGCCGCGUUAACGAAACUCGCCUAUGUUUUGUCAAAACGUGAGUGGGAUACAGAAACCAAGCGACAAAUGAUGCAAACCAAUUUGCGAGGCGAGCUAACGGCCGGCCGACCGCCUACCAUGCAGGAUUGGGAUUUAGUGGAGGCUGUGGCUAGGUCUUUGAGAUUAUCUUCAGCGGCCGAGCUUCAAGAAUUGGGAUCGAUCCUAUUUCCGGCUAUGUUGAACGCCGCAGUAAUCAGACGCGACAUUAUGAAACUUGAGUCGUUAAAAGGAUACGGUGCGGACAUCUCACAGAUCAAUGCAGAUGGCCGAACAGCUUUACACAUAGCUUGCUGUGAAGGGGAUAUAAAUGUCGUACGACGUCUUUUAAAGAUGGGUGCCAACGUUCAUGUUAAAGAUCGGUUUGAUCGCACGCCUCUCACCGAUGCAAUCGAAUACGAUCAUCACGAGAUUAUCAAAGUGCUGCUGCAAUGCGGCGCGCAUCUUCACGGCAACGCUCUGCUGAUAGGAGCGAGGAUGUGUGCGGCCGCGACCGCCGGAAAUAAGAAGCGCCUGCAAUCGUAUCUGCUGUCCGGUGCCGAUCUGUCGCAGAAGAACGCCUCCGGAUGCACACCGCUACACUUUGCCGCUCUUCACGACCAUGCAGAAACGAUAGAAUUCCUGCUGGAUCACGGCGCGGAUCCGUGCUCCAUCGACAUGCUGGGACAAACUGCGGCGGAUCUCGCAAAAGCCGUACAAGCCGGGAACGCAAUGCGCUUAUUGGCGCCUUUCAAACAGGACGAUAAUGAUGCCGACGACAAUAAAAUCGUGAUGCAUGUAAACGCAAGAUCUUGAUUUGUCGACAGUUUAAUAUCUUGACUUAAAAUUUGCUAUUCUUAAAAAAGGUUUAAAUAAAAAGUCUGAAUUAAUUAA